UGGGCGUCCGUCGCCCCGGGGCGCGCGGAGCGGAGCGGAGCGGCCAUGGACUGCAGCCUGGUGCGGACGCUCGUGCGCAGAUACUGUGCUGGAGAGGAGAACUGGGUGGACAGUCGAACCAUCUACGUGGGACACAAGGAGCCCCCUCCAGGUGCAGAGGCCUACAUUCCACAGAGGUACCCGGACAACAGAAUCGUCUCCUCCAAGUACACAUUUUGGAACUUCAUACCCAAGAAUUUAUUUGAACAGUUCAGAAGAAUCGCCAACUUUUAUUUUCUCAUCAUAUUUCUGGUACAGUUGAUUAUCGACACCCCCACAAGUCCAGUGACAAGCGGGCUCCCACUCUUCUUUGUCAUCACGGUCACAGCCAUCAAACAGGGUUAUGAAGACUGGCUUCGCCACAAGGCUGACAAUGCCAUGAACCAGUGUCCUGUGCACUUCAUCCAGCAUGGCAAGCUGGUCCGGAAGCAGAGUCGAAAGUUGAGAGUCGGGGAUAUUGUCAUGGUGAAGGAGGAUGAAACCUUUCCCUGUGAUCUGAUCUUCCUCUCCAGCAACCGGGCAGAUGGCACCUGCCAUGUCACCACCGCCAGCUUAGAUGGAGAGUCGAGCCAUAAAACUCACUAUGCUGUACAGGACACCAAGGGCUUCCACACAGAGGAAGAUGUUGAUGGGCUUCAUGCCACCAUUGAGUGUGAACAGCCACAGCCUGACCUGUACAAGUUUGUGGGACGCAUCAAUGUUUACAAUGACCUGAACGACCCCGUGGUAAGGCCAUUAGGAUCAGAAAAUUUACUUCUCAGAGGAGCCACACUCAAGAACACUGAGAAGAUCUUUGGUGUGGCUAUCUACACAGGCAUGGAGACCAAGAUGGCCUUGAACUACCAGUCAAAGUCCCAGAAGCGAUCUGCUGUGGAAAAGUCGAUGAACGUGUUUCUCGUUGUGUACCUCUGCAUCCUGAUCAGCAAGGCCCUGAUCAACACAGUGCUGAAAUACGUGUGGCAGAGUGAACCCUUCCGAGACGAGCCAUGGUACAACCAGAAGACAGAGUCAGAGCGGCAGAGGAACCUGUUUCUCAGGGCAUUCACCGACUUCUUGGCCUUCAUGGUCCUCUUCAACUACAUCAUCCCAGUGUCCAUGUACGUCACGGUUGAGAUGCAGAAGUUCCUUGGCUCCUACUUCAUCUCCUGGGAUGAAGACAUGUUUGAUGAGGAGACAGGAGAAGGGCCUCUGGUCAACACAUCUGAUCUAAAUGAGGAGUUGGGACAGGUGGAAUAUAUCUUCACAGACAAGACGGGCACCCUCACAGAGAACAACAUGGCCUUCAAGGAGUGCUGCAUUGAGGGCCACGUCUAUGUGCCCCAUGUCAUCUGCAACGGACAGGUCCUCCCUGACUCGUCAGGCAUCGACAUGAUCGACUCUUCCCCAGGCGUCAGUGGGAGGGAGCGAGAGGAACUGUUUUUCCGUGCUAUCUGCCUGUGCCACACUGUUCAAGUGAAGGAAGACGACCCUGAGGAUACUAUUGACGGCCCCCGGAAAUCACCAGACUCAAAGUCCUGUGUGUACAUAUCAUCAUCACCUGAUGAGGUGGCACUAGUCGAAGGUGUCCAGAGGCUUGGUUUCACCUACCUAAGGUUGAAGGACAAUUACAUGGAGAUUCUAAACCGAGAAAAUGACAUUGAGAGAUUUGAAUUACUAGAAGUUUUGAGUUUUGAUUCUGUGCGGAGGAGAAUGAGUGUAAUUGUAAAAUCCGCUACAGGAGAAAUAUAUCUGUUUUGCAAAGGGGCAGAUUCUUCAAUAUUUCCCCGAGUAAUAGAAGGCAAAGUGGACCAGGUCCGAUGCAGAGUCGAGCGCAAUGCAGUGGAGGGACUGCGGACACUGUGUGUUGCCUACAAGAGGCUUAUCCCUGAAGAGUAUGAAGCUGCUUGCAAUCUGCUGCAGGCUGCCAAAGUGGCCCUUCAAGAUCGGGAAAAAAAGCUAGCAGAAGCCUAUGAGCACAUAGAGAAAGAUCUCAUCCUGCUUGGUGCUACAGCUGUGGAGGACCGGCUCCAGGAAAAAGCUGCAGACACGAUCGAGGCACUGCAGAAGGCCGGAAUCAAAGUGUGGGUGCUCACUGGAGACAAGAUGGAAACAGCCGCAGCCACCUGCUAUGCCUGCAAGCUCUUCCGCAGAAGCACGCAGCUGCUGGAGCUGACCACCAAGAAGAUUGAGGAGCAGAGCCUGCAUGACGUGCUCUUCGAGCUGAGCAAGACCGUGCUGCGCUGCAGUGGGAGCCUGACCAGAGACACCUUCUCCGGACUCUCAACAGAUAUGCAUGACUAUGGCUUGAUCAUUGAUGGAGCUGCGCUGUCUCUGAUAAUGAAGCCUCGAGAAGAUGGGAGCUCCUCCAGCAACUACAGAGAGCUCUUCCUGGAAAUCUGCCGGAAUUGCAGUGCUGUGCUGUGCUGCCGCAUGGCACCCUUGCAGAAGGCCCAGAUUGUUAAGUUGAUCAAAUUCUCAAAGGAGCACCCGAUCACAUUAGCAGUUGGUGAUGGCGCAAACGAUGUCAGCAUGAUCCUGGAAGCCCACGUGGGCAUAGGGGUCAUUGGGAAGGAGGGCCGCCAGGCUGCAAGGAACAGUGACUAUGCGAUACCGAAGUUUAAGCACUUAAAGAAGAUGCUUCUCGUUCAUGGGCAUUUUUACUACAUUAGAAUAUCAGAGCUUGUGCAAUACUUCUUUUAUAAGAAUGUCUGCUUCAUUUUCCCUCAGUUUUUGUACCAGUUUUUCUGCGGGUUUUCACAGCAGACUUUGUACGACACCGCCUAUCUGACUCUCUACAACAUCAGUUUCACCUCCCUGCCAAUUCUCUUGUACAGUCUCAUGGAGCAGCAUGUGAGCAUUGAGGUGCUCAAAAGAGACCCAACCCUGUACAGAGACAUCGCCAAGAAUGCCCUGCUCCGCUGGCGGGUGUUCAUUUACUGGACAUUCCUCGGCGUAUUUGACGCUUUGGUAUUUUUCUUUGGUGCUUAUUUCAUGUUUGAAAACACAACUGUGACCAGCAAUGGACAGAUAAUGACCACCAACAUAAACAUGAUGUUUGGGAACUGGACCUUUGGGACGCUGGUGUUCACUGUCAUGGUGUUCACCGUCACACUGAAGCUUGCUUUGGACACACACUACUGGACUUGGAUAAACCACUUUGUCAUCUGGGGAUCACUGCUUUUCUAUGUCGUCUUCUCCCUCCUCUGGGGAGGGAUUAUCUGGCCAUUCCUCAGCUAUCAGCGGAUGUACUAUGUGUUCAUACACAUGUUAUCCAGUGGGCCUGCCUGGCUGGGCAUCACACUGCUGGUCACUGUCAGCCUCCUCCCAGACGUCCUCAAGAAAGUCUUGUGCAGGCAGCUGUGGCCCACAGCAACUGAGAGGACCCAGGACCUGAGCUUCGGGGCAGCAUUGCAGAAUUCACCCCUCUGGUCUCUGCCUAGCUGGGGCACUGAGGGCUCUGGGCCCUUAGUCAUCCCAUGCUGCUCCCCCCGCCCCCCCGGGAAGGUGGUGUGUACAAGGUGGAGGAGCAUAGAGUACGUUGUGUUCCUGCCCCACCCGGGUCUUUCCCACAGCCAUCCUGGUUCCAGUGUGAGGCACAGCGGCUGUGGGUCCAGUCUGGAGACACCACAUGAUGGGCAACCAGCUCCGUCCCGCCUCUGAGAGCCACUCUCAGUGCCUGUGCCUGCCGCACCCCUCGUCCUCAAGGAGGUGAGGAUGGAGUCAUAGACUGUGCGUCCUGGCACGGCACACUGCAGCCUGGACUGUGCGUCGAGCAAGGCUGUGGGAAAGGGCGCGAUGCUUGGCCUCAUCAUGUGCAUCACGGCUGUAAGGCUGGCCCUGCAGGCCUGUCUCCACCCACCUGUCAUUGUCAUACUCUGCUGUUACUUGAAAAAGAAAGCCCUCCCAUUGGUCUGCAUUCGCGUAUGUCCAGUGGCUGUGCUGCUCAUGGGCACUGCACACAUGGUGUCUUACUGUUCCUGUGGAGGCCAUCUACACAUCUUGUCAUGGAAGUGACCACAUCAGACACUGAAUGGUGUGUCCGCCCCUAGGCCUGCAUCUUGGCUGUGCUGAAUGUUAACCUAACAGGUCAUGUCUGUGCACUAAUUAGCUGCUGAGCCUGCACAUUGGCACUUUGGAGGGUGUCCGUGUCCCCUUCCCCUUACUGGCUGUCCUGUGGAAGAGCAUAUUUUCAUGGGUGGACAGCCAUACUAUCAGCCAAGCCUCUCCGGAGUCUUGCAAUGUCUACCUGUCACAUGCCAGGAUUGAUAUCAGUUUACCUUAUUGGAAAAGGUUUGCUCUCAUGGGUCCUAAUGAAAGUUAUUAGUUUGGGGUGCCUGGGCAGGUGUUUAUCUCACCUGAGGUGGGUCCAUGCCCAAAGUUAUAUGGGGCUGCGGUAGGCCCAUUAGUCCCCAGCAGUCUGCUGCUCAGUCCCGUCCCCCCCCCCCAACCACCACUACUGCACGUGGUUGUGGGUCUCUGUUUGGCCCAAGGUUCCAUCCAGGGUUUUAUUUGGGGUGGAUGGGGACCCCCAAAAGGACCUUCUGUAAAGUUCCUGCUGCUGAGUAUUGGGCUUCCUGGAGAGCACCAGACAGACCCUUAAAGGUCUUGGCUCAUUAAGACAUUUCAGUGUGAUGUUUGGGACUUGCUCAUCACACAUGGUAGCCUUUCAGAGACUGGGAAAGGCAGUGCUGUAUGCACAGUGUCCUGAAGCAGACCUGAGGUUGUGACAGACCUGUGUAGCAGGCAUAGGAGCCAACAUCCUGGGAAGUACAAGUGUUGUGACUUGAUUAGUCAGGUCUCAUCUGUGAACUGCUCGACCUGGGGGAUGAUCAAGAGUUACCGGGCAUGGCAGCUUAGGAAGGUUCAUGGGGAGCAUAAACACCACACCAAAGAUGGGGGACCAGCCAGAGAGAGGCCAAGGGCUGUCUCUGCAGCACCAAGACCUUGUGCCCCUCUUGGUGUCACUGGGGUCACCUCCCUCUGCACAAGGCAGCCCACACUUGGUGCCCAGUCUACAUUAAUCCUCAAACAGUGGUGUGUAUGUUUUUACAGCCCUUUUUAAGAACCCCAAAUAGGUACAAUAUAAUACCUGUGGGAGGGAGGGGGGACAGAUUCUCUGUACAUUUAGUUAACAAAUUAUUUGUAAAGUAUUUUUUUAGGAAUCUUAAAACUGCCUUUGCACUGAAGUAUUUUCAUAGCUGUUUAUAUCUCUUAUUCAUUUGUUGAUGUGUCUUCUGAUUUUUAAAGUAUGUUUUUCAAGCUUUCACUUUUUAAGUUUAUGAAACUUUGGCACUUUAAAUUCUGGAGGAGUUUUUGGUUGCCUGUUUCAGUGUGUGAUGGCCGAACUCUCGGAUUUUCUCUGUGCCUCUUCUUUCUGAGUGCUUCCGGUGGCCGUGAUCCACUGAAGGGCAAGCUGAGUGUGGGAUCAUUCUCUGCUUUCUUGUCAUCGUCCUUUGCAUUUCAUCGGUAUGUUCUGUUUUGUUUUUGUUUUAAAUUUCCGUCCUUCAGCCUUAAACAUAGAAGAUUCUCUCUGCGAGUCUGGCACUCCCCCUGUUCUGGGGCGGGGGGAGGCAUUGCCUUUUCACCACCUAUAGUUUGAAUCUGUAUGGGAAGACUGAACUUGACACAUGCCACAUUGUCUUUUAAAAUCAUACCUUAGACAUUAUUGAAUGAACGUGCCUAAGAAUUUGAAAUAGACAAGGGGCACAGUAAAAACACAAGGACAGAAGAACCCCAGUGAAAUGCCCUUUCAGAUGUGAGCUAAUACAGUUUUCCACCUUAUGGUGGCUGGUGUUUACUUGCCUUAAGCUAACAUUAAAGCAGGUAACGCCAACUUCACUCAUUCUUUGUCUAACGAUGACCUGUGAGUUACUACACUCAUCAGAAUGCACAGCUCCUGUGUCACAUGCAUGAGGGCCCUGGCUGCCUGUGUGUUUUCUUACCUUCAGCCUCAAGCACACUCAACCAUGCACAUGUGUGAGCACAAACGUGUACACACAUGUGGGCACAAAAAAUGCACACUCUCCUUACGUCCCACACACCAGCCUCGUUUCUGAGUACCCUGACUGGAGAGACUGGCUCCCUGAAGACCCACUUGAGACGAGUGAUGUGCAGGCUGCACUUGCACGGGGGCUCUGAGCAGCACGGUAGCAUCUGGACUGAGCUUCAUGCUCCUAAGGAAGUGCAUCUCCUGGCCAGGACCACCCCUUCCUCGGACCAGCGGAGGUGGGCAGCAAGCAGGGUUGGGGCCACCAAAGCUUCAUAUCAUUGCUACAUGCAUGGGCUGGUCUCCAGUCACAUGCUAGCUAGAACAAAAGCAUCCUUGUCCCCAAAUCCCAAGGAUCCAUUCCUGAGUACAAGCAAACCAAAGGACCCACCCUGGGAAGGCGUGGACAGCAAGGGGUGCUGGUGCUGGAGGCUGAGGAAGAGUGGGAAGAGCAGGUGGCCGGCCAGAAGGAGCGCUGAGCAGGGUAACUUAGGGCUUGCAGGGCACAGUGUCCAGCUGUAGCUGCGGAGUGUGAGUGAGCUGUCCAUGGUCACUCCCAUCACCAAGCACCUGCGAGGUGUGUCUACUGAAAGCUCCAGCCUGGUUCUGUGAACCAGCGAGUUGAGCAUGUUCUGCAGUAAUAUACUGAACUCACCUUUGUUCAUAGUACUACUGCAGGUUCUUGCAGUCUGCAUCUCUUCUGGAAGUUACCCAUUUGCAACUAACAGUAGAUACAUCAGUUGGCGAGUGCAAUCUACUCGUGGGAGGUGGGGUAGGAGACAGGGCUAGGAAUGUAGCCCAGGUGGUAGAGUACUUGCCUAGCAUUCAUGAGCUCUGGGUUCAGUUCCCAGCACCACAUAAAUUGAGUGUGGGUGAUAAUGAUUACCUGUGUGUAGUCCAACACUCAGGUGAUAGAGGCAAGAGGAUCAGAAGUUCAAAGCCAUCCUCAGCUAUGUAGCAAGUUUGAGGCCAGACUGGGAUGCCUGAGGCCCUGUCUCAAGGGGGGGGGGGGGAGUGAAUGGAGAUGAGAAUGGUUCUGACAUUGUGUAAACAAAGCUUUAAAUGAAGAUGUUGGAGUAUUAUGAAAGGGUGACUAAUUUUGCAGAAAUAUGUCUAAAGAUCAAUUUAUAUAGCUUUAUUUUUACUUUAUCAAGAUAUACAGAAUUUUAAUACGCAUAUAUUGUCUCUGACUUAAAAAUCUAUGACCUGUGUCUGUAUUACCAUUUAAAAUGUCCAUCCACUAUGUAAUGUGAUAAGAGAAUCUUCAAUAAUGUAUUGAAUAUAAGUGGUUAUCUGUAGUUGUCAUCAUCAUAAGUACUGGAAUUUAUUUUAAGUUAUUAGAGUAGGUACAUUUAACAUGUCAUUCUCCAGCACUAAUGUUUAACUGAUAAUCCAGUAACCUGCUUUGAAAAAUUAAAUUGUGAAUUAAGUCGGAUAAAACAUUUCCGUGAA